UCUUUCAGAGCCCCUGUUAAGUCAAAAGUGCUUUUCCAAAGUAGGAAGAAGCAAGAGUUUAAAGCUAUAAAACCACUCUCUUCUGCUCCUUCCUCUGUAAUUCUCCGAGUUCAAAGAUGUGAAAGUGCUUUUGCUUUCUGUUGGAAUUUCGGAGGAACUUUCAUUUCAAGCGAAGAAUUAUAUCCUUGUUUGGCUUCUGUGCCUCACCGCAGGUUUCUUCAAGAUUUCCUCGCCUACACAAAUCAAUUAAUUAAUAGCAAACUCGCCAUCUCAGGUCUCUCUCAAUGAAGUAGUGACUCAACGAGCAUGUCUGCAAACAAGGGAUUGGCUUUGUGACUGCCAUUCUGGAUUGUUGUGCCGCCCAAAUCCUCCAUAAGUUCAUCUUUUUUCGUAAGCAAGGAAGGCAAGGCCAUCAUUCUGGUUGACGAAAGCCUGAUUUAGAUGGCUAGUGCUUGUUGGCCUUACUUCGAUCCCGAGUAUGAAAACUUCAGCAUCAGAAUUAAUCCUCCAAGGGUGUCAGUUGAUAAUUCGAGUUGCCGUGAGUGUACUCUAGUCAAGGUUGACAGUGUGAACAAACCAGGAAUAUUGCUGGAAGUUGUGCAAAUUCUAUCAGACCUUGACCUUAUUAUCACCAAGGCUUACAUUUCCUCUGAUGGUGGAUGGUUCAUGGACGUGUUCCAUGUCACUGAUCAACAGGGGAAAAAGAUUACAGAUAGCAAAAUGAUUGACUACAUAGAGAAGGCUUUAGGACCAAAGGCUCACAUCAAUGAUGGAGUCAAGGCUUGGCCAAGCAAACAGGUCGGGGUGCACUGCGUUGGUGAUCAUACAGCCAUUGAACUCAUUGGCAGGGACCGCCCAGGUCUGUUAUCCGAGAUAUCUGCUGUCCUUGCCAACCUCCGAUUCAAUGUGGUGGCCGCUGAAGUUUGGACUCACAACAGGCGGAUAGCCUGCGUUGUCUAUGUCAAUGAUGAUACCACAUGUCGUGCUGUGGAUGAUCCUACCAGAUUAUCAGCCAUGGAGGAGCAGCUCAAGAACAUCUUACGCGGGUGUGAGGAUGAUGACAAAGUGAGUCGAACCAGUUUCUCCAUGGGGUUCACUCAUGUCGAUAGACGGCUUCACCAAAUGUUCUUCGCUGAUAGAGAUUAUGAAGGCGGUGGAGUAACAACUGAGGCUGAUCAUCCUCCCUCCUUCAAACCAAAGAUCACAGUAGAGCGCUGCCAGGACAAGGGUUACUCCGUAGUUAAUGUCAAGUGCAAGGAUCGGGCCAAGCUGAUGUUUGACAUUGUGUGCACAUUAACAGAUAUGCAAUAUGUUGUUUUUCAUGCCAGCAUUUCUUCUGAUGGCCCCUAUGCAUCACAGGAAUAUUAUAUUCGUCACAUGGAUGGAUGCAUACUGGAUACAGAAGGAGAGAAGGAAAGGGUCAUCAAAUGCCUAGAAGCUGCAAUUCAGAGGAGAGUAAGCGAGGGUCUCAGCCUAGAGCUAUGUGCGAAAGAUAGAGUAGGAUUGCUAUCAGAAGUAACAAGAAUUCUGCGAGAGAACGGAUUAUCUGUUUCAAGGGCAGGUGUGACGACAAUAGGAGAGCAAGCGAUGAACGUGUUUUACGUGAGGGAUGCUUCAGGGAAACCAGUAGACAUGAAGACGAUCGAAUCACUUCGAAAAGAUAUUGGACAUACAAUGAUGAUUAAUGUGAAGAAGGAUCCACUGAAUGCCAAUAAGGAACCUCAAUAUCAGGCAAGCACUGGAUGGGCCAAAACAAGCUUCUUCUUCGGAAAUCUCUUCGAGAGGUUCUUGGCUUGAAAAUUUCUUAUAUAUAAAUAUAUAUAUAUAUAAAUAUGUCCAUAUAACUGCACCAGAUACAAUGAAAGUUGUAUAGAAUAACAAAAACUGUUCAGUGCAAGAAAAAAUGGACAGGCUUGUAAUGGUAGAAUGCCCCUUUGUAAUUGUAUACUUCUUUAAAGACAUUCAUCAAUGAAUGCAAACUCUCUUGUUUGAACUUUAAAAA